CUUCAUCUUUUCCAUUUUGCCGUGUCUCUUUUAUUUGUGGAACACCAUUCUGCCAUUUUAUUUAUCUUUCAUUUUUUGCUUCAAAAUUCAUCUUAAUCGUGCAUAUUACUAAAUCCAUCAUUAAGAAAUAAAUAUAACAAACCCUGCAAUCCCCUUUAAGAUGAUAAAGCUACUACCACUACUGGCAUUCAUUGCUGUGAUAGCGGCAGUACUCUCCGAUGACAUGCGGGACUUGUACAGAAAGACCCAGGCCCAAUACGGUUUGCCGGUCGUCUCAUCCUCUCAGGAAGACUCAAAGCAACAUUUCGCUGAGUUUUGUGAGUUUGUUCGAGGAGUAGAGAAACACAACAACGAGGAUCCGGAUGGUUUUGUAGCUGAGGUAAACAUGUUUGCACUCAUGUCUAGAACAGAGAGAUACGAUAAGUGGACAGGUCUGAACGCGUCAGAUAUCAUAGAACAGCAGAGAAAAUCUCUGAGUGUUGUUCGUGAGCCCGUGCAGAUCGACUAUGACUUUGAGAAGCGUCAACUUCAAGCAGCUGUUGAUUACACCAGCAAGUUGCCUGGAAUUAAGCAGCAAGGGGGUUGUGGGAGCUGUUGGGCUUUUGGAGCUGUUGCAGCGCUGGAGUACCAAGUCAACAAGGAGAGUAAAACCGUCAAGUCUCUGUCAGAGCAGCAGUAUCUGGACUGUGUGUACGAGGGUACUCGUGAUGGAUGUAAGGGCGGGUGGCCGUCUAAAUGUUACGAUUGGACCAAAAAGAACGGCAACAUGAUCGCUUUAAACGGAGACUAUCCUUAUGUAGCCUCAGAUGGAACUUGCCGUGGUUCUGCCCAGGGUAUUAAGACAGGAAUCCAGGGGUAUACAGUCACUGGGACUAAAUAUCUCGCUCAAGGAGAUGAUGCCAUGAAAGCAGCUGUUUCUGAUGCGAGUAUUGGGGUCAUUUCCGUCGCUUUUGGAGUUAUUGAUAGCUUUUUCUCUUACAAGAGCGGUGUUUACUCGGGAGGGAGUGGAUGCACAUCAAUCAACCAUGCUAUGGACGUUGUAGGUUACGGUACAGACUCCGGUAAGGACUACUGGAAAGUCAGGAACAGUUGGGGGCCUGGAUGGGGACUUGGGGGAUACAUCAUGAUAAAGAGAGGAGGUAACACCUGCUCAAUCUCCAAAUACGGCCACUAUCCCCUUGUCACCGGUUCUGAUGGAGAUGGUGGAGAUGGUGGUGACGAUGGUGACGAUGGUGAGGAUGACAAAAAGACAUGUAAAUGGGUAACAAAAGAAGACCAGAAGAUGAAGCAAAGGAUCCAGGGAGAUAUCUUGAAGAAAGCUGAUGCCCAAAAAGCUUGUGAGGGAUUGAAAGAAUGCAAUGCUGUUACCUGCAAGAAUAACAACAAUUGUUGGUUAAAUAAGAUACCUAAAGGAAAGACAGACACGAGGUUUACUAGUUACGUCCUAAAAUGUAAAACGAAAGCUACCUAG